UUAGGGGUAUUCUGGAAUACAGUUUGCGGAGCGCAUCAGUAGCCUACUGUGAAAGAACGCUGUGCUGUGUAGCCGAGCGUGCGCUCGGCGAAUAGCCGACAUUUCGAAUGAAAUAACAAAUGGGAAUUUAAUGCAUAUAUUCUACGGCCUAUUUGUUGGUUUAUACAUUUCAGAUGCCUGAAAAAGAGGCCUGCCACUGAUACUGAACUUAUUGAAAGAACAAAUCCAUGUAACCAGAACACCUUCCCAGGUCUUCAGUUGCAACACAACAUCCAGCCAGUACCACAUCCAGGAAGUGACUCAUCCAGGUUAAGGCUCAGGAUGGCUCAGACAGAGGAGCAGCCAGCGGGUGACAGUAGCCCCCAGAUGAUCUCCCUGAGGUCGGAUACAUCAGGGAACCAGGUAGAUGGAAGUGAAGUAUGUCCCGCCACUCGGAGGAAGAGGAGAAAGAAGAAGGAACCUCGGCCAGAGUCCAUUAUUGUGUACCGGUCUGAGACUGAGAGGACGCCAGGGGAGGAGCAAGCUGGAGAGGAGAGCAUUGAGAGAAGCACCGAGGAGGGAGCUAAAUUCCUCUCCACACCGACUGGCGAGGGAGGCUGGAACCUCCCCCCAGACAGCCGCUACGUCACCCUGACGGGCACCAUCACUCGGGGUAAGAAGAAAGGUCAGAUGGUGGACAUCCAUGUGACGAUGACUGAGCGUGAGCUCAGGGACCUUGCCCGUUCCAAGGAGCGUCUGGAUGCCGAGUGCGAGGCGGGAGAGGGCUCCAAGCGCUCCUGCGGCCUCGGUUUCUGGCAGGGCCCCCACGUGGUGCUGUGGAGCCUUUCCUGCGCCCCUGUGGUCUUCCUCUUCUCCUUCAUCACCUCCUUCUACUACGGCACGCUCACCUGGUACAACGUCUUCUUGGUGUACAACGAGGAACGGACUUUCUGGCACAAGAUUACUGUCUGUCCCUUCCUCAUCAUCUUCUAUCCCAUGCUGAUCAUGGCCAUGGCUGUGUCGCUGGCGCUGUACUCCGCUGUGGUGCAGGUGUCCUGGGCCUUCAGUGAGUGGUGGCUGUCAGUGAGAGACCUGGAGAAGGGCUUCUGCGGCUGGGCCUGUGGGAAGCUGGGGCUGGAGGACUGCUCCCCCUACAGCAUCGUGGAGCUUCUGGACUCCGACACCAUUUCUGGUAGCAUGCACGGCAAGAACCCCAACGAGCUGGCUCAGACCUCCUGUGUGUGAGGGGGAGAUGGAAGGAUCAAGUGGGAUUCAUUUCCAGUACUAGGAAGAGACUGGCUGAGCAGGAAUUAGCCAUAACCCAACACUGUUUGGUGAAUCAUGUUGCAAAGGGAUGGAUUAAUUAAUCCACGGUUCGGACUGUGGUAAAAACCACACACACACACACACUAUCAUUUAUUUAAAUAUUGUCCUCCUCUAAAUAUUAAAAUGUCCCAGAGCUAUGAUUUACAUCUGUGUUUGGACCUAAAACUCAGACGCACGGCUACACAGUGAGCAGCACCAUUGUACACAGAAUGGGAAUUGCAAAAAAACAAAACAAUAUGGACAGUGGAUUAUGCAUUCAGUUACACUUUGUAAAUAUUUAUACUUCUUUUAACGUAUGUGAUGGAUGUGUGCUGUACAUUGUAAUCAGGAAGCACAUUUCAAAUGCAUCAGUUAAAAGUUUUGGUCUGCAGGUGACAUUGUGUGAUGAUUUACACCAAUGCAACGUUUUAUUAAUUUAUUAUGCUUAACUGUCAUAACAGGAGUUUGAUGUUGAUUUUACAUUAAUUCUCAUUAACACGUAUCAUAUUUAACACCACCUGAAAGACUAUCAUUGUUGUUGCUAACACUGCUGACAUUGCUCAUCUUCAUUGUUUCAGUCCAAAGGCAUCAGGGUUUUGAGCUUCUUAAAUAUGUUUACCACCUGGUUGCUGUCUCAGUUCCCAUAUUCUAAUGCCUGUUAUUAAAUGUAUUUAAAAAACCUUUCUGAUGACAAGGCUACCAACUCUGGUUAUGAAUAAACAUGUACAGGUGUUUUGUACUGUGUAGGAAGCUGUAACUUUCAAUCAACUUGUCUGGCUGUGAUAUGUCAGACAGAUUAAAAGAUCUCGUCCAACUGUUGGUCUGGUAAGGAAACAAGAUGAAUUCAGCUAGAUGGAGUUGAAUCCAUAUGCACUGCAGGCUAACAUGUGGAAGGCUCUGUUUCACAGGCAUGAACUGUAUUUGGUGUUCACUCAAUGUUGCGUCGUGUUUGUUGCUUUUCAUGAGAUGCAGUGAAAGGAAAUAAAUGA